AUGCAAGAAAACGAAAGUUACAACCGGGAACACCCACCUAAUAGACAUCAGGUCUCUCAGGGAGGGAUAGUGGAUAAUGCGAGUACUAUGCCAAGUACCAGAGUUACAGAGGAAGGGCAGAAAACUGAGUCGAGUGUUGGAAAAAAUAGAGGAUCGGAAGAGGAAAAAAAGAACAUUGAAGUGAGGGGAAAGCUGCAGAGAAGAGAAGGAGACUUCACCGGUCAGGUAUCGUUACACCCCCGCGAGGAGGACUGGAUGCUCGAGGACAACGCUGAAGUUUUCGAAGAGAGGGGAGCACCCUUGUCCUACAGAGAGGCGCUUAAACCCAAAUCAUUAGUGGAAAAGGUGCAAGGGAGCCAAAAGGAAGCAAAUGAAGCGUGGGACGGGAACUUGGUAUAUUAUGAUGAUGAGGAGCUAAGGAAAGGAGUAAGAGUUACAGAAUCAAUCAGAGGACCCAUUCUCGAGUUUUCAGAAGAAGAAAGAAGGCGCUUGGCUGUAAGCUGGCAGAAUACUCUCAUUAUCAAGCUCCCCGGAGAAACGUUGGGUUUCAUGCAUCUGAGAAGGAAAGUGAAGCUAAUGUGGCAAAAAUCAAGGAAUGUUGACAUCUCUGACAUUGGAAACGGCUUUAUGUUAGCCACGUUCCAAGCGAGGGAGGAUUACUACUUUGCGCUAGAGGGUAGACCCUGGCUCAUAGCUAACCACUAUCUCACUGUGCAGACCUGGAAGAGCAACUUCAACCCUUGGCAAGAAAAGAUUCAACGAGUGGCUCUCUGGGUGAGAUUACCAGGACUCCCAGGAGAAUACUACAAUAAAAAAAAUUUUUAUAACUUGGGGAACAAAAUUGGAAAAGCGAUCAAAGUAGACGAGAUGACCUUAACCAGAGCACGCACCAUGUAUGCUCGGAUGUGUGUUGAAGUUGAUCUAGCGUCAACGCUCCUGCUCGCAUACACGGUACACGGAAAUUCCUUAAAAAUUGAAUACAAGGGACUCCACUUGAUUUGUGUCUGCUGUGGCAAAUUUGGACAUGAGUCUAAUUGUUGUCCAGUAAAGGCAGCUAUGGUAGAACUAGAAAAAUCAAACGGAAAAGAACACAGGGGAAACUCAGAGGAGGAGGAAAGGGGAGGAUCAGCGCCAGUUGAAUCAGAGGGAGUGUGUGGAGACUGGAUGGUAGUACAGGACUAUAGAAGAAACCGACGGUCACCGCAAAAAGAAGCCAAAGGACCAGUUGUACAAAAGAAAGACAGCAGAAGGGACAGAAGUGCAGGGGGUGGUUCAAGGUUUGCGAUUUUAGAGGUGGAUGACGGAAGCGCAGAAAAGAUAGAUUCAAGAGAAAGAGAGAGGAGGCCGGCUCAAGAGUCGGCUCAUGUUAGAAAUCUCCGAGAAAGAAAAGGCACCGAGAGAAGUCAGCAACAAAAAAAUAAGACAGAAAGAGGGGACGAAGGUAAGGGAAGGAAAUCCUUGGAUUUUGGAAAGAAGAAAGAGAGUACACAAGCGUAG